AUGACCCCCUCCCUCGACGAGAAAACGAAUCUGAAUGAUUCCAUAUCCGCAAAACAAGCCCCCGUCACCCAGGCACGCCCAGUAGCCACGGACGCGGGCGCGCACAUUCAACAACCCGGCGUCUCCCGCGCCAACUACACCGUCUCGCAGGCCAAAUCGGGCCUCCACUCAAAAUACCACGAGGAAAACAAAGACUAUACCGUUCUCCAGCAGCACGUCCUCUUCUGGGACCGAGAUGGCGACGGCCAGAUCACCCCGUGGGACACCUACGUCGGCUUCCGGGAGCUGGGAUUCAACAUGCUCUUCUCGUGGCUGGCGAUGUUGAUCAUCAACCUCAACUUCUCGUACCCGUCGCGGCUGGCGCAUUCCUGGUUCCCGGACCCGUGGUUCCGGGUGUAUGUGGACGGGAUUCACAAGGCUAAGCAUGGAUCGGACAGUGGCGUGAUCGACAACGAGGGCCGGUUCGUACCGCAGGCGUUUGAGAAUCUGUUCGCCAAAUAUGACCGGAAAGGCGACGGGACUCUGACGCUCGGGGAAAUUAUCAACUUGAUGCACGGUCAGCGGGUGGCUGUUGAUCCGUUCGGAUGGGGGGCUGCCCUCUUCGAGUGGGGGACGACAUGGUUGCUGCUCCAGAAGGAUGGACGCAUCUACAAGGAAGAUCUGCGUCAAGUGUACGAUGGCUCGAUCUUCUGGAACAUCCGCAAGAAGCGUCAGGAGUCGGGGCGAUGGGGCAAGGGCUUUGGAUUGGGAGGAGAUGGCAUGAUUGGUUCGGUCUAUAUUUCGUGA